UCUUAAAGAGUGUAAUUUAAACCUGGGAAUGGUACCUUUACUAAUAUAUUUUUUCUAAACGUGCAUUUUUUUGCGUCUAUGUAAUGUUCAGAGCUGUUAUUACCAAAUCACUAUUAUGUUUUUUCUAUACUUUCCGGCCACCCAAGAGAAAUCAUUUUCGACAACGCACAUCAGGAUCUGUGCCCUCAAUUUUCUGCCAUGGGUGCGGCUCAGACUCGUGAAAAACGAAGAUGGCAGCCUCGACAGAAACUUGAAAGGGCCGAUGGCGAACCUUCUUGAGGCGCUCUCUGAUGGCUGGGGCUUCACGUACUCCCUUUCCUCACCGGAAGACAGCCAAUGGGGCAUGGCUUUACCAGGGGGAAAUUGGACAGGACUGGUCGGCAUGCUUCACCAAAACAGGGCAGACAUGGCCUUGGGCCCCGUUGCGAUGACAUACGAUCGCUCCCAGGUAUCAACGUUUACAUCUCAAGUGAGCACGGAUUAUCUAACCGUUCUCUCUGGUUUCCCGGAUGUUGUGGAGGCCAGUGUGUUCGGGACACUCAUGGCUUUUGAGUGGAAGGUGUGGCUGGGGCUUCUUUGUUCGCUAUUGCUUUGUGUCUUCACAAACUUUGUGGUUGACAUUUUUAUGGACGAGUCUAAGAUACCAGCUACACAAAGGCUUGUGAAACUCUGGUGGAUAUAUUUCUCGGCGUUGUUCUGCGAGUCUUCGCCGAGAACCCCACCAAACAUACCCGGAAGAAUUGUUCUCGCUGUGUGGUGGCUCACAGUAGUGGUGCUGAUGAACGCCUUUACUGGACAUAUGAAAGCGACAAUGCUGAUUCGACCUGAGCCACAACGAAUCGAUAGCGUGAAAGCUUUGACGGCUCAUCCCAAAAUGAGGACGUUCGUGUGGAAAGGAUCGGCCUUCGAGGCGCUUUUCAAGAAUUCCAAGGAUGUCGAAGAGUAUCAAGCAGUAUGGAAGAUGGUGGUGCGCUCCAACGGCACCUACGAAACCAAUUCUCUUUAUUCCGUUGACAACCUACGUUCGGUGUUACAAGGCAAGGCGGUGAUUGUGGGUGAAAUAACGACCAUGCGCUACCAUGUGUCACGCGCCUCCCGCCUGUUUCGCAAUGCCAGCUUCUACUUUGCAAAAGAGCAAUUUUUCCCACACAAAUUCGCGAUCGCCCUGAGGAAAGGCACAAACAGCAGUUUUUUGGACUUUCUCAACAAAAGAAUCAACUGGGUCGUGGAAAGUGGCUUGUUCCAGGCAUGGAUAAACAAGGAGUACGGACACUGGACACCUGGUUCUUCGGUCCACCACGACGAAACCUUCACUCCCCUGUCGAUAUUUGAAGUGCAGUCCGUCUUCUAUGUCUACCUCAUGUUUACUGCGAUUUCUGUAGCUGCGAUUCUUCUGGAAGUUGUCUUUGGAGGAAAUUUGAAGCGCGACAAGAAGCCCGUCAGGGUUGUUAAGAUCCAUAUUAUCGCAGAUUGUAUCAGUCAAGAGAACAACAAGACGACCACUUUCAAAGGCGCCGAUUCCCGGCGACGUCAGGAUGAUCGCAACAAUCUACCAAGAGGGCGCUUCCGCAGCCCAUAAUUCCUCAUAUUUCGACGGUUCCGAAGUAAUAAUAAACGUAUGGAGGAAUAUAGAUCAAUACUUUUAUAGACGUAGUCCAUGUAUUUUGUAGGUUUAACUACCCUGCGGUGUUAUCAUUUUUUUUUUUGAGACUAACAAGACAAAAACAGAAAACCGUUUUUUCUUGUUUAGAAGCUCAAAUCUACUUUAGCUGUAGUUGCUCCGAUAGACAAUUAACCUCGAUGUAGCACCCGCAUGUUUUUAUACACGUGGUGGACCAUCCAUGUUUCAAGUAUUGUUUGCUU